AUGGAGAAUCGCUCCACUGGUCAAGGAACGUUCCGAUCUACUAGGGAAGAAUCAGCGAAGAAUGAAGUGCUUGUAAUUUGGACGGAUUGUGAUCGCGAAGGUGAAAGUAUUGGAGCAGAGAUUGCGAAGGUGUGCUUAGAGAGCAACCGCCGACUAGAUAUUUAUCGUGCUAGAUUCUCGGAAAUCACUCCGCGUGCCAUUGAAAACGCUGCACGUCAUCUGACAAGGCUGGAUCAGAAGAUGAUCGAUGCAGUGGAUUGUCGCUCUCAACUGGAUCUGCGAAUAGGUAGAAGUGACUCGAUUGUCCCCGUAGCUAGGUUUUUUCAGUAG